UACCCAUUUCCACCUCCAAAUUCAAAUUGAGCUGCGAUUUCUUCAAUCCGAGCUUCCGGAGUCGCAAAUUGAUAGGUUUUAUCAGAGAUUGAGCGAUUCUUUUAGCGCCGAGUAAAUGCGGCGGCGCGGCGCGGAUUACCGGCGGCUGGUGAGGCGGAAAUUUCCGAAUGCAUUGUGGUUAACGUUUUGUGGAUUCGUGAUUCUGCUCUUCAUUUUGGUGUUGAGACGUGCGAAUCAUCGUCUCACUUCGAGAUCGGUUUAUGCCAAGAGACCGCCUAGACAGGAAAGGUUUGCUGAUGGGCUUAACAUCACUGACGAAAUGUUAAGUCCCGACUCUCUGACGAGGCAACUGAAUGACCAAAUUUCCCUGGCUAAGGGGUUUCUGGUUAUUGCGAAAGAGAGCAACAAUCUGCAAUUUGCGUGGGAACUCAGUGCUCAGAUUCGAAAUUCUCAGAUCCUUGUGUCGAAUGCUGUCUUAAGACGAACUCCACUGGCAAUCAGCGAAUCGGGAACUGCUGUCCUUGACAUGGCACUUCUGCUCAUUCAGGCUCAGCAGCUUCGUUACGAUAGCGCUACUGUGAUCAUGAGAUUGAAGGCCAAGAUACAAGGUCUCGAACAGCAAAUGAGCUCGACCAACGAGAAGAGUGCAAAGUAUGGACAGAUCGCGGCUGAAGAAGUCCCGAAGAGUUUGUUUUGUCUCGGUGUUCGACUGACCGGUGAAUGGUUCAGGAAUGCGUAUUUGCAGAGGAAGCUCAAAGAGAAUCGGCAAACUGCUUUGAAGCUCAAAGAUAACAGCUUGUAUCAUUUCUGUGUCUUCUCCGGCAACAUUGAUAAACUCGUGGUUUAG